ACGUUAUCAACUUUGAUGGACAGGGAGUCAUUUCAUAUCGUUUCAAGGUGAAGAAGAUGAAGAUUAUAAAAGAUGUGAUCGCAUUGAGAUUUAAGACAUCAGAGAGCGAGGGUGUGAUUCUCCAUGGGGAAGGGCAGCAGGGCGACUACAUCACCCUGGAGCUCCGUAAGGCCAAGCUACUCUUGCAGAUAAACUUAGGCAGUAACCAGUAUGGCUCUAUCCUGGGUCAUACUUCUGUGACCACUGGAAGUCUCCUAGAUGACAAUCACUGGCACUCUGUGGUGAUUGAACGCUACCGUCGCAAUGUUAACUUCUCCUUAGAUGGACAUACUCGACACUUCAGGACUAAUGGAGAAUUUGAUCAUCUUGAUUUGGACUAUGAGUUAAGUUUUGGGGGGAUGCCAUACAGUGGGAAGCCUGUGGGAGGUGGAAGAAAAAACUUCAAAGGCUGCAUGGAGAGCAUCAACUACAACGGAGAUAACAUUACAGACCUGGCCCGUCGCAAGAAGCUAGACACUUCCAGCUUUCAGCGUAACCUGUCUUUCACCUGCGUGGAGACCCACACCUUCCCCGUCUUUUUCAAUGCGACCAGUUUCCUGCAGCUGCCCGGGCGAGCCAAUCAUAACACAUUGUCUGUGGGCUUCCAGUUUCGUACAUGGAACCCUGACGGCCUUCUGCUAUUCAGCAAUCUUGAUGAUGGCACCCUAGAAAUCUCGCUGGAAGAUGGAAAAAUUAUUGUUCGUAUCAACGUUACGACAUCUGCCAGAAAUUACCGGGUGGACUUACUAUCAGGCUCCGGUCUCAAUGAUGGCCAGUGGCAUGCUGUACGUCUGGUGGCCAAAGAGAACUUUGCCAUGUUGACAGUGAAUGGCGAAGAAGCGUCCGCUGGGCGUUCCACCUCCCCUCUCAGCAUCACUACGGGAGGAACCUAUCACUUGGGAGGGUACUUUCUGCAAACACUGUUUCCACCAUCCCAGCGAUCCUUUCAGGGAUGCAUGCAAGCAAUUCUGGUGGACGAUCAUCCUGCUGAUUUGCAUGCAGUGGAAAAAGGCACAGUGGGGGCAUUCGAGAAUAUCAGCCUGGACAUGUGUGCAAUCAUAGACAGGUGUAUGCCUAAUCACUGUGAGCAUGGAGGCCGGUGUAAGCAGACGUGGGACAGUUUCAGUUGUAAAUGUGAUGGAACAGGAUACAGUGGAGCGACCUGUCACACAUCUCUCCAUGAGCCCUCAUGUGAGGCUUAUAAGCACCUGGGUAGGUCAUCUGACACCUACUGGAUUGACCCCGAUGGUAGCGGACCUCUUGGCCCUUUCAAAGUCAUCUGCAAUAUGACAGAAGACAAAGUUUGGACGACUGUAAUGAACAACCUACCCCCCAGGAUAGCGAUCACUGGCUCGAGCAGAGAGAAACGAACUGUCCUACAAGUCAACUACAGUACCUCUAUGGAUCAGGUGACAGCCAUCACAACCAGUGCAGAACACUGCGAGCAGGAAAUCACGUACAUGUGUCGCAUGUCCCGACUGCUCAACACUCCAGACGGGACUCCCUACACAUGGUGGGUUGGCAGAGGCAGUGAGAAACAUUUUUACUGGGGCGGAUCAGGACCUGGUAUCCAAAAGUGUGCCUGUGGCAUUGACAAAAACUGCACCGACCCCAAAUACGACUGCAACUGUGAUGCAGACGCCAAGCAGUGGAGGAAUGAUUCUGGUCUCUUGACAUAUAAAGAGCACCUGCCAGUUAGCCAGGUUGCUGUUGGUGACACAAACAGACCGGGCUCUGAGGCCAAACUCACUGUUGGACCACUCCGCUGCCAUGGAGAUAAUAACUACUGGAAUGCAGCAUCAUUCACCACCCCGUCAUCCUACCUGCAUUUCGCCACCUUUCAGGGAGAGACCAGCGCUGACAUCUCCUUCUAUUUCAAGACGAGUGCUCCCUACGGCGUCUUUCUGGAAAAUCUGGGCAACACUGACUUCAUCCGCCUAGAGCUCAAGUCUCCUACUGUGGUCUCCUUUUCUUUUGAUGUUGGGAACGGCCCUGUGGAGCUAACUGUGCACUCAGAAACGCCUCUCAAUGACGACCAGUGGCAUCGUGUGAUGGCUGAACGUAAUAUCAAAGAGGCAGUCCUCCAGGUGGACCAGAUCUACCGGACAUCCCGGCUAGCACCCGCACAGGGACACACACGGCUAGAGCUGUUUAGCCAGCUCUACGUGGGUGCUGCGGGGGGGCAGAGGGGGUUUCUAGGCUGUAUCCGAGCCUUAAGAAUGAACGGCAUCACCCUCAACCUGGAGGAGAGAGCCAAAGUGACGCCUGGGGUUAUGUCUGGCUGCCAGGGCCACUGUACCAGCUUUGGGAUGUACUGCAGGAAUGGAGGGAAAUGUGUGGAGAGGUAUAAUGGCUAUCUGUGUGACUGCACCACCACCGCCUUCAACGGCCCGUUCUGUACCAAAGAUAUUGGCGGUUUUUUUGAAGCAGGAACACUGGUCAAAUACAACUUCAUGCCUGAAGCAGUACAAGGGACCAGUAAAGACACAAAAGCCUUGACACAACAGCUGAUGCCAAAUGAUGUGAAUUUAACAAAGGAAGAGGUGACCCUUAGUUUUAGUACAACUAGUACUCCAGCUAUUCUUAUGUACGUGAGCUCCAAGAUGCAGGACUACCUGGCUGUGGUUUUGAGACAUGAUGGUUCUCUGCAGGUUCGGUAUAACCUUGGGGGUCUGAGGGAUCCAUUUGUAAUAGAUGUGGACCAGCGUAACCUGGCCAAUGGACAACCACACAACAUGAACAUGUCCCGUCACAACAGAAGUAUCUCCAUCCAGCUGGAUCAUUACCCUCCAGUCAGCUACAAACUUCCAGAGGCCUCAGACAUACAGUUUGACCUGGUUAAGACACUGUUCCUAGGCAAGGUCUAUGAAACUGGACCUGUAGACCCCGUCCUUAUCGAGCGAUACAACAGCCCAGGUUUUAUAGGCUGCCUGUCUAGGGUGCAAUUCAACGGAGUUGCUCCACUCAAGUCUGCACUGAGGAAAGCUGCAGAAACUCAGGCUGACAGUUACCCUGCAUCGGCCUCUCCUGUAUCCUACCAGGGCAAACUUGUACAAUCCAGCUGUGGGGCUUCGCCUCUCACCGUCCCACCAAUGUCUGCUGCACCAAACCCCUGGCCUCUGGACAACACACAUGCGGAGCCACCCUCCAAUGAGGAGCGAGUCAUUCCAGAUGGAGUUAACAGGGACUCCGCUAUCAUUGGAGGCAUCAUCGCCGUGGUGAUCUUCACCAUCCUGUGCACUCUGGUGUUCCUGAUCCGGUACAUGUUCCGUCACAAGGGCACCUACCACACCAACGAGGCAAAGGGCAGCGGCGAGUCAGCCACAGAGUCAGCUGACACGGCCAUCAUCGGCACCGACAACCCAGAAACUAUUGACGAAUCAAAGAAGGAGUGGUUCAUUUAACAGGCGGAUGAUGGAACUCAGAGAAAGCAGGAAAAUGCGAGACCAUCGUUCACAGAUGAAGUCUAAUCAUACGACCGAUCACUGGCGAUAAAAAGGAGUGACUGUUCAAAAGGACAACAAACUCCCUGAGAAGAUGAGCGAUGUGAGAUAUUUCUGUUCCUUUUUUAUAUCCAGAGUAUUAGAAAAAGAAGAGACACUGAUCCUGAGGAGCACAGCUGUAAAAGACUGUACAUGUAUAUACUAACCAGAUUAUCCUUCUUUGUAUUGUGCUUGGGAGUUUUCAGGAGUCUUUUGAAUACUGUGUGUGACAAAUAAUUACACUUACUGGGUGGUGUAAUAGCAAAGAUUUAUUGCCAGUUCUCGUUUGGUUUUGAUUUUAUAUUUAAACAGAAAUCUUAUAUAAGAAAUGAUCAAAUCGACAUGCCAAACAUUUUCUUCUUUUUUUAUUGGUUGUUUUUCAUGCUGUAGACGCACCAUUCUGUCAACAGUCACAUUCGUCCAGUGGAGCACACCCUGUAAUGUGUUCACAUAGAGUUUAUCAUGGAUGCCAAAAGUCUCUUUGUAAAUAUAUUUUGUCAGUUUUCCAAAAAAAAGAUUUAUUUAGAGUCCGAAUGCCAAUAAGAAAUGGCUAUAUCUAUAUUACAGUGAUAUUUGUCCAUGAUAUUAUAUAUGUGUAAAUUACAGAGUUUUAUGUUUAGGUCUCAUGACAUUCGAUUGUAUGAGAUGUUCCUGUCUGUGGCGGCGCAGAGACGGGUUUCUCGGAACAUAAUGACGCUCCACGGUUGGUUUUAGCUCAUCAUUAUGGCAGCUUUCUUUGUGUUUAUGAAGGAAUCCAAGAGCCUUUACUCAUUCAGGCAUAAGUGAUCCGUUUGUUUUCUUUGCCAAACACUUCAGUCUUAUUUCCAAAGUUUGCGAAUAUUAUUUGGUUUUGAAUGUUUAAUUUUUUUCUUUGUGUUAAAUGAACCGUCUAUGAUGUACGCAUGUAUCAGUGUGUGUAGGUCAGUUGCUAAACAAGUGCCAGAGGAGGCAGUUUUUCUUUACAAGGUUUUGCAUUAAGAAAACCUGAAGCAGCAUGAAAAAGGAACACCUGAGCAACACCUGGGAUGAGGUUAGGAUGAUAAUUGGCUAAUGAGUCUGCUGUGCCUUUAAGGUGUCGAGCCAUAUCGCCUUCCCCCCGUUACUUCGCUUAAACCUGUAACAGAAACUUGACUGAUGCUGCAUGAAAUCUAAUCAGGUUUAGCUUUUGCUUCCUAUGUAAAAUGGUGCUCUUCAGUUUCCAACAAAUCCUGGCAACAGAAAUGAUCCUACCAGUUUUUCUUGCGUUAUAAAAUAUUUCAGCGACAAAGUGAAGCACCCAAAUGGAGCGUUGGUUGGUAAAUAAAGCAGUUUGUGAAGUGAUGAGUGUAGUUAAUGUGGCGGUACAAUUACGGUCACAUCUUGGCGACAUUCUCUCUGACCAGGAUGCAGUCCAGAUCUGUGACCUUUAUUAGAAUCUGAACAGAUUUUAUGAUUUUAGCAUU